GACACAGGGUUUGGCUCAAUCUGCCACAAUCAUGUAGCAUAUUGCUAGAGAUCUUCGCUGGGGGAGAGGUUCAUACUGCUACACUGUGAGACAGUUGAAACCUGCUACACUGUCCGACAGUUCAAACCUGCUACACUGUCAGACAGUUGAAACCUGCUACACUGUCCGACAGUUCAAACCUGCUACACUGUCCGACAGUUCAAACCUGCUACACUGUCAGACAGUUGAAACCUGCUACACUGUCCGACAGUUCAAACCUGCUACACUGUCCGACAGUUCAAACCUGCUACACUGCAGCCAAUAUUGGCUGGAGUUGACCAAACUAGCCACACGGCCCAACUUUGGCUGGAGUUGACCAAACUAGCCAUACGGCCCAACUUUGGCUGGAGUUGACCAAACUAGCCACACGGCCCAACUUUGGCUGGAGUUGACCAAACUAGCCAUACGGCCUAGCUACUGGCAACCUUCUACUCUGGAUGUAACUUCUCACACUUCGGCGGCUCUCAAGAGUUUUGUGUUCAAAGUAUCGGACACUUAGGUCGUCUCAUAGUUCUUUUUUAAAAGGACCAGGACUAAAACCUAUGCAACACCUCGAUGGUGAAGGACUAGGACCGAAGGACAUACAGCAUAUUCUGUUAUACAAGGACUAGGAUUACAGGGCAUACGAAGGACCGGUCAAUAACAGUCGCCAACGGUCAAGACGGUCCCAGGCGAGAGAGCUCGCGAUUGGUCAGUUUGUCAAUCACGUGAACACGCGAUUGGUCAGUUUGUCCAUCACGUGAGCACCACGGCCACCAAACUGUCGCUGUACCCUACCAGUAUGAACGGGGUGCCCGCCCUGUACCCCCUGACAGAGAAGGGCGCCCGGAAGCCAAAGUGCGCCCGCUGCCGCAACCACGGCAUGGUGUCCUGGCUCAAGGGCCACAAGCGCCACUGCACCUACAAGGACUGCUCGUGCCCCAAGUGUAACCUCAUCGCCGAGAGGCAGAGGGUCAUGGCCGCCCAGGUUGCUUUGAAAAGACAACAAGCAGCAGAAGACGCCAUUGCUUUAGGGAUCCGCGCAUGCGUGUCAGAAUCGGGAAUCCCCGUGAUGACCCAAGGGCCCCUCUGGGGUCCAGGGACGGUCACUGCCCCCCUGUCAGGGGCGGACAAACACGGGGACCAGGACCAUCAAGAGGACGGGGAGGACAGUUGUGAUUCUCAGACGGAGCUUGAGGUCGACAGCUGCAGCGACGAUGAUCGGGAAUCCCCGCUGGUCGGAUCCCCGUUGACCAGGUCCCCGCUGACCAGCUCCCCGACCCCUAAGAGCACCGAGCAGUCCCCAGUCACGGAGAAGCGCCCCAGCCCCCACCCACAGCAACCCGAGUCGACGAAACAGGUCCAGAGAUCUGCACCAUCGCACCACGCCAGCCACCACCACCACACCAACCACCACCAUCGUAAGGAAAAUGCGGAGACCGGAAGUCACCAGCGACCAACGGCGUACAGACCUGGUCGGUUGUCGCCCCUGGAGAUUCUAGAACGGGUUUUCCCGCACCAGAGGAAGUCUGUGCUUGAGCUCGUGCUCCAAGGCUGUAACGGUGACCUGGUCAAGGCCAUCGAGCACUUCCUGUCAGCACAGGAUACCGUGGUUGCCCAGCAACAGGCUGUCCUGCAAGCCAAUCAAAAACCGGAUGUGAGAUCAAACCCCUUCAUGAACAGUUUCCCUGGCAACCAUUCCAUGUUUGGCGGCGUGUUGAACAAUGGCGGCAGCAGCACUACCAACGGGGCAGGCAGCAGCGGACCUAACGGGAUUCGAUCCUCGGGCCACCACUCGCACCACACUCCCCCCGCGGCGCACAGCGGCCCGUCCCCCAAGCUGGCCUACAGCAACAUCAAGUCAGCGUUCACGCCCCUGGGCCCGGGCCUGCACUCGGCCUUCACCCACCAACUCCCGCACUUCCACCCAGCUGCCGAGGCCGCCCUCAGAAAUCCUUUCUUCCCCCAGGGCCACGCCCACCCUGACAUUCUGCCCUCGGCGCACCACUUCGCUUACGCCGGGCUGGGGAUGGGGCUGGGUGGCCUCCCCACCCCGUCCUACCCCGGGGUCUUCGCCUCGCCCUUCACCUUCCACCCGUACCGCUUCAACUUCCGGGGCUCGGCCUCCCCCCGGACACGCACGCCGGACAAGAACAGCGACAAGUCGGCCCUGACCGACUCAGACCACAUCUCAGACUCGUGGGACGAGGGCAGCUCCCCCCGGGACAACAAGCCCGUGGACUGAGACAACCUUGACCCAGACCUCGCGUUGACUGAGGUCAAUGCAACCUUGACCUAAGCCUUUCGUCGAAUGAGGUCACGGUCAACUUGAAUCUGUACUCAUUUGGUUCAAGGUCAUUGAAACUUUGAUCAAAGCCUGUCACACGGGCCACUGUGACCCUGACCUGUACUUAAGUGGGUCACGGUCACUUGAACCUUGACCCAAGGCUACCCUCUGACCGAGGCUACUGUUGAAGACAGAAUGGCUAGAGGCUGCUAUGGAAAGACUUGAUAUUGUACAUACUUCAUUCACGCUUGAUAUUGUACAUACUUCAUUCACUUCAUUCAGUCGGCGGUCCAUUAUCUUCUCAUCCUGUAUGCUCCUGAAUACGUUAUAUUAACAAAGUAGUACCGAUGUCAUGGCUGAAUGAACUAGAAGUACAAAUGGUCAUUGCUAAAUGAAUUAGAAGUACAAAUAGUCAUGGCUGAAUGAACUAGAAUUACAAAUGGUCAUGGCUGAAUGAACUAGAAUUACUAAUGGUCAUGGCUGAAUGAACUAGGAGUACAAAUAGUCAUGGCUGAAUGAACUAGAAGUACAAAUGGUCAUGGCUGAAUGAACUAGAAUUACUAAUGGUCAUGGCUGAAUGAACUAGAAGUACAAAUGGUCAUUGCUAAAUGAAUUAGAAGUACAAAUAGUCAUGGCUGAAUGAACUAGAAGUACAAAUGGUCAUGGCUGAAUAAACUAGAAAUUCAAAUGGUCAUGGAUGAAUGAACACAGUAGUACGUUGGUUACAGUUGAGUGAGAGGAGUUGUACGAAUGGUCACGGUAGCGUGACUUUACUGCAGUAGUUGUGUUAGGUUAGCUGUAUUGGAUGUCUUCUUACCCCUAGACAAUAAACUUCAC